AUGGCGCUGGCCAAAGAGCCCGACCAGACUCCGAGUGCGUCAAGGCCGUCCAACGAGCUGGGCCGGCGACCCUCUUCCGAAGCAGGUGAAGACGUGGACCGCAUCGCCAGCCAGGCCAGGCAGGCCAUCGUCGAAAGCCGACGGCUUCUGGACGCGCAGUCCUCGCGCAGCGGAUUCGGCUCCGUAGCCGGCGACCACAGCGACCGCAGUGACCGCACGUUGCAAAGCUCCAGCCGCCCUGGGGCCAGCUCUGCGCAUGGGACUGUGUCGGAAGAGCUGCAGCGGGAGAGGCAGCGACAGCGGCGGCGCCAGCAGGACCGGGAAGCCGAACAGGCCGCGCUGGAGCUGGAGAAAAGUUUCGAUGAGGCGAUGCGCAAGCAGAGGCUGGCCACACGUCAGGCCGAGGGCCUCCUAAGCGAGUGCCAGGCAGAACUGGAGAGGCGCACAGAGAGCUCAACCGCCUCUCGCUCUGCCGAGGUCAGGGAAGAGGCGGCGCAGCUCCGCCAGGCAGCCAAGAGGGCUGAGGACUCUGCGCGGCAGCACGCGAGUGAGCAGCGAGAGCUGCGGCAAAGAUUGCAGCAGCUCAUCGAUGAGGCCAAGGCAGAAGUGGCGACUGUGGCACAGAAGCGUGCGGAAGACAGCAAGCACAGGCAAAUGUCGUUACGCAAGCAGCAGAAGCAGUUACAGAAGGCCAAGGGCGUAUGUGCAGAUCUUUCUCAGCGCAUCCAGCAGAAAAAGCAGAUAUGCGAAGACACGGAUCGGCAGAUACACUCGAUCGGAGCGUCUGUCGCCAGCUUGCGGCGAACAGCCGUGGAAGUCUCAGCUCUGGCUCAAGCUCUUCGGAGCCGCUUGGAUGGUGAGGAGACAGAGACUCAGACAGCUGAGGCUGAGACUUUAACUUUAGAGAGCGGGGAGGGCCAGGGCUCUCUGUGUGAUACCGGAGGAUCGGACACCGGCGUGCAAAAGCUGGAGCUGGCAAAGACGGCGCUCUCUGCCAAGGUGGCUGCCGCUUGGGACCGCUGCCGGAGCUUGGAGCAAGAGGCGCUUUCGAGUGCAAGAAAGGCGGAGGAGCUCUCUGCCCUCGUCGAGCACUACCAACUCCAGCUCUCGCAGCCAAGCCUUGCCGACACUGAUAGUGUACUGCAGGAGCUUCGAGCUGCUAACGAGGAGCAUGCCGAGUUGAAGAAGGUGCACCGGCAAGCUCUGGCACAGCUGGAUGGUCAGCACUUACAAAAGCUGGUGACCACCCUUGCAACGAGUCGGAGUUCCAAGGCAGAGAAUGCACAGCCGACGAGUGCCACAGGGUUGUCCGAGACAGCACAGAAGGUAGUUCGCUGUGAGGUCGAGCACGUUCGUGAGCUGUGCCUCGUCGAAACGCGCAUUGCGGAGCAAGAGCUGUCGCAGUACGAGGCUUUUAUUGCUCGGCCGGCUCGGGCGGCUGAGGUGCAAAGCUCACCUUCCAGCACGUUGCAAGAGGUGCAAGGCAGGGCAAAGCUGAGGGCUGCAGGACUUUCCAAGGGGUCCUGCCAUCGGCUGAGCACUCGCCUCGAGCAUUUUCUCCGGGAUGGUGAAGCCAAGGACUUGGACCUCUCCGGAGGGAUUGCGCCGGUGCUGGUGGAGUACCUCAAGAACAGCAUCCACAAGAGCAUCGACAAGGCCAAGCCAGAGCUGGAGAUUUGGACAUCCAAGCUGACCCAGCUUGGAAAGAAUCCCUCUUUGCCUGAAGGCGCGGCGUGCCUUGGGGAGACCCGCGCCGCCUGCCAAAACCAAGCGCAGCUCUGCAUGGAGCUCCGCCUGUCCAUUGAGCCUCUCGAGAAGGAGGCCGCCGCCAGGGGACAUCAGCGCUCAGAGGAGCUGCAGCGAGGCGCAGCGCUGCGGACACGGCUGGAGGAGGCACUGCGAGCGGAAGCAGCGAUGGGUGCGGAGCUGUGCUCGAAGCUGGAAGAGGAGUGCCGGGAGGUGAAGGUGUCGGUGCAGGGCCUCGAGCUUUCAUCGAGCCACGAGGCGCAAGCGUGUUCUCGGCUUCGGGAGGAGUUGCAUUGCAAGGAGGAGGCUUUCGACCAGCUCGCGGCGCAUGCAGCAGGUCUUGAGCGUGCCGAUGCCGAGCUGGAGGAGCGGCGGAAGCAGCUGCGUCGCCGCAUGGCCGCAGUGUCUAAGGCACUUGAUUUCAAGGCGGCCCAAGCUGAGGAAACCCGCGAGGAGGCGGAGGCCUGCUGCGCAGCCCGGUCAAAGGCAGCUGUCGCAACAGAGGCAGAGCGCACCGUGCUCUGCGCCGCGCUGGCCAACUUGGAGGCUGAGAAGGCAUCGCUCUGUCAAGAGCAGCUGCUGCAUGGCUCCGUGUCAACACGACCGAGCGACUGA